CUCUGCUCGUGUUGCUGUGUUUGAGUUGCAGUUCUCUCAGUGACCGGAGGGGGGCGCUGUUUUCACAGUUGGUGAACUACCUCUAUUUGGCGAAGGACUAUGUUGUAAAAAUCUUUCAAACUGUUAAUUAUCGGUGACUCCGAGCCUGUCUUGGGUGGUCAGCCCGGUGCAUCUGGGGACCGUGUGACCGACUCUCUCUAAGGACCGCGGCCGGUCCCGGGUUGGACGGCGUCGGACGACCUGCUCAGCGGUUUUCUGAUCUCUGACUGGAGGUUUUACUGCAAACCCAAGUUAGCUCAACAGCUAAUCCUAAAAGUCGCGUCACCUGUGCGGACUCGAAAUAAAAGUUCCCCGUGAAGCCGGGACAGCCGGGUGAGUUUUAACCGUCCGCAGUUACCAAACUUUGAGGCGAGUGUUUUUGCGCGCGGUUCGUAUUUUAACUCGCUUUCACGCAGCCGUUAAAUUUGCGUUGGAGACAGCGGCGAGUGAAGCGCAGCUGCGGGAUCACAAAUGUCGAUCAGACCCGCAGUCACACACGGAUAAGGGCUUUAGUUUUUGGAGGGAAAUGCGGUAGAGAGCGGGCAGCCUCGGUGUUCAGCCCGCUGACUCGGCGACUCUGGGUUUGCCGCUCGUGAGGCCUGCGGGUCGGGCUUCCACCGGGCUUGAGUAGAGCCCGACGCCGCAGUUGAAGGGUCGAAGGCCGGCUACUGGCGCUGCCACCGCCGGGCCUGCGGACCAAGGUAUGGAACGGAUGGAGGUGGACCAGUGCGCAGGCGCAGCUGGCGGGGCAGGAGGCGGGGCACUCCGCAGGUCGAACAGCGCCCCCAUGAUCACCAGUGUCAGUGAUGCGAUGACGGUCUUCAGCCCUGUGUCUUCGGCUCGAUACAGACGAAGCAGCGUUUCCAUCAACCCCAGCUGUCCUUCACAGCUCGUCCCUCUCUCUCCUUUCUCUCUGACUGGAGACAGACUGGACCAGAAGAGGCAGGAGGAGAACAUGGAGAUGACGCUCAGAGGUAGUCUGCAGAGACUGAGUGCUUCCAGUCUGAUCCCAGUUCCUCCAGUCAGUCAGUGGCACGACCAUGCUUCAGUGUGGUUUCAGUCGCAGGACAGCGGCAUCACACCCAACUCCUCCCCAAGUCCAACCAGGAGGUUCAGACCAGCGGUCAGCGCCACUGUCAGAUGGCCGGCACUAACUCCACUGAAGAGGAAAGGUGGGGUAGAGUCCGACGGCCCCCCAAAGAAGCUCUUUGUUGCCGGGGUAACAGAUCCCGCCCACCGCAGCAGCUACACGGUCAGUGUCUCUCAGUCGACGGCAGACUCUCCACCAGCAGGAGGCGUCAGUCCUCAAUCCAGCCCUCUGUCCCUGUCUCCUCCCCCCUCCUUCACCCCCUUCAGCUCCCACCAGCACCCUGGACACUAAACCUCCCGUCUCACCCAGAGUCCUGACCCGGUCACUGUGGGUGCCGACCGCCCACCAGCAACUCCACAGACCCCCAAAAAACCUGGAGGAAUAUGGACCCUCAUUGCACCUUAUUUCUGUUUGAAGUGUCUGCCAGCAUCACUGUAAGUCCCGCCUCUUCCUGUGACCACAUGUGACGGACAGAAGAACAGGAGGUCAAGAUCUGAAGGUCGAGACGUUUCUUCACCCUCCCUUCAGCCUGGUUUCCUGUCCUCUAGAAGCUCCAGAUUUAAGUUCCUUAUCUGUCCAUCAACUAUUCCAAAUCUGGUUGGAUAUUUAAAACCAGUAUCACUCACCUUAUCGGACGCAGUCGCUAUUUGGUCAAUCCCAGUUCAGUCCGGACAGAAAGACUUGAGGGUCCAAGCAUGAACCCAGUCCUCCUCAAAUCAGACAGUCUACAGAAGAUUCAUCAUCAGUAUCAUCACGACAUGAAGAUCGUGAAAAAAACCUUUGGGAAAUUUUUUGAGAAACUGACACACUGGUUGUGUCGUCGGGCUUAAGGCUGGAAUUACGUUUAUGCAAAGAUUCACAUAAACAGUCUGUGCAGACUUGGGAUAGGUGGAGGUGUUGAACCUGAGUACCAAACAGCGAAGAGGAAUAAAGUUAAUUAAUUGUUAUACACAUUGACUGAUAUGGCGUACAAGGAUAAAAGAACAAAGCACAUGGAUGUCUCUGAACAAGCCCUUGAAGAUUUUCUCUUCGGGUUGGACAAUCACAUCGAAUGGUUCUGUUCGAUUAGUUCUGCAGACGCUCUGGAGGCUGCCCAUCGGAGGACACAGCUGGGGUCCGAUCUGACCAAUCAGUCAGUGUUUUUUUUAAAUGAAGUUUUAGAUCUUCUAUCAAUCAUCCGGAGUUUCUGAAGAAGCUGUAAAAAGGUCUUGAGUUGUAAUCAAGACUCUGAUGCAGGAGACGAAAAAAGGUUGAUCCGAAUCGUCAAGGCGCUUCUGGAAGGUUGUGGUUCCACCUUCAUUGAACUAAAGGAUGCUUUUUGUCCUGGAGUUGUACUUGUUGUUGGAAAUCAAGUAUGUAAAUUGAGCUUUCUGUCAGGAAGACGUACAAAUGAACAGAUUUAUUUAGACAAGGUCCUGAGGCCGAAGUCAUGAGUGUUCAUGACCGGUGGAUCUGAAGAGUCGCAUCUAGACUCUGCCAGCAGGGGGUUACAAUCUUUAGUCAACAAGACAAAUUACUAAAUAUACAGAAACCUGAAAAGCUGUUUGUCUAAAAUGAAAAACCACAGUCAGCAGUGGUAUUUUUUAGUCUAAACCAGCUAACUCCUGAGACAAACAUGAAAUUCAGCAGCUGAACAUAGUUUCAGUCAAUGAAGCCGAAGAUUUUUGUGUUUUAACGAAAUGUUUUAGUUGUCUGUCACAGCCGAGUCACCCUGACUGAAGCCUUCUGGUUUUUCCAGAAGAAACUCGACAGACUUCAAAUAUUCGUCUACAGUUUGUUAAACUUUGGUCGAUGGUUUCACCGUAGGAGGGUGGUUUUGUUUUGUUUGUGGGAUGAGUUUGAUAAACUGACUCCCGGUCAGUAGUAGAAUGAAGAACUCGUGGUCUGCAGCACCACAUUCGUUUGUUAAUAGUGUAUCUAUAUGUGAAUAUUGACAGUCGGAGCAGCUGAUAUGUGCUCACUUUUCUUUAGCCUGUAGGGUUUGAUUGUACAUAUUGAAUCUGCAGGAAGCAACCGUGCUCUUCCCUUCUAAAGGUGCAUUUAUAUUUUUACUUUUUCAUCUCCCAGUUAGUUUCCUCUCUGACCGACUUCACUUUGUUCUACUUGAAAUCAACCACAUUGUCCUUCCAAAGCAUUUCAGUUCUCGCUGAGUAGUUCAUGAAGGUCAUCUGAUUGGUUAAAGACAGCUCAACAACAGUCAGUAAUAAUUCUUACUUUCUCUGCACUUGUCCGAUAUAUCUAUUAUACUUAUUCUGAAAAAGGACUGAUCAAAACCAGUCUUGAUCGUUGAACCAGUCUUAUUUUCCCAUUUCAGAGAAUUCCCCUUAAUUUAAGAAGUCACCAGUUGUAGUCGAUGGUAGUCCUAGGGCUGGGCAAUAAUUCAAUAUUUUCAUUGAUUGACUUUAGUUUAAUUACAUUGUGAUGACAUGAACUUAUGUUUCUACAAACUUCUGUUGUCCCAGUAAGUUAGUCUGAGCAGGCUGUAGGUAAAAAACUAACUCAGAACAGCGAGACAGUUCAUUUUGAACAUCUGUUUAUUUGAUGGGAUUUUGCACAUAUCUCCUGUAUCUUAUACCGAAAAAUAUCGGAAUUAAUCUGCGUUUUUGUUCUGAACAGUUCUUGGGGAAGCUCCACGGUGAGCAGUUCCUCUCAGAGAGUCCCCAGAACUUCAAACCUUCAAGGGCUUUUUUCUAUUUGCAUUUGCACCAGCCAACAGGAACACUGAAGUGACGUAAGCCGACCGAUGUUUGGUAUAGCAAAGUCAAAAGUUGUAUUUCCCCCCAUCACAUAUACUCUCAGUAAAACCAGGACUUCCUGUCAGUCCAUUUAAGUUUUGUUCCAUUUUUUACAGGUUACAAGACGUUACCUGCUAUUGUUUACACAGCAGAUGUUUUUUAAAAUGGUGGUUGCCAAUGCUGCAUUAGCUCGCAUUCUACCGAUCACCCCACACUGUUCUUAGAGCUAUGAGAAAAUUCCUCCAGUCCAAAUCGCCUAAUAUUGAAAUUAUGUUGUCAACUAUAUCACCCAGCCCUAGAUGGUCUUGCUAAUAUUUUAAUGGUUUCAUUGCAAAAUGGACGACACAAUGCUCAAGCUGUGAUUGGCUCAUGAGUGGUCGGAUAGGUGUAGAUGUGAGAUUUUUCUUCUUUGAAAUUAUUGUAAAAAUUCAGUACGAGUGCACAAAACUGUGACUUGAGUCUGAGUCACAGAUUCAUAAAGCCACCUCACCGAUCCGGUCGUUGGUGUUGGUGGUGAGGGUUUCAGAAAACGAGCUGCUGUUCUGCUUCCAACUUUUGCACUUGCACAGUAUUGUACAGUUUUGUACUAUCACUCAUCAUCGUGCCUAAACAUGUCGUCAUAUUUUAAAGGAGCGACAGUCGGGUUGUUUUUCCUCACCUGUUGACACAUCAGAUCUGAGAGAUUUUACUUCCCACGCUGACAGGAAGCUCUUUUCUCAGAGCGUCCUGGUCUUUUAUAAUCACCUGACCUGUCACCUGUGAGAUAUGUUUGUACAUAGAGUCUGUAAUAAGCUGUUUUUAUGGAAGUGUCUUUAAUCUCCCCUCCCCCUAAGAAAAAAAGCGAUGAAUUGAUGUGAGUCGGUGAGUGUGGUUCGCUGCUCAUUCAGCUGCUCCAACACUUCUGAGUUCAUUUUAAAAAAUCUUUCCAAAUCUUUUUUUUUUUUUUUAGUGACAGGAUUUGACAUUGUAUUUUCUAUUAUCUCGACUUUGCACAGUGCUAGUUAGAUUAUUUUGAUUGGUAACAUAUCGCCAUGUAAGAAAUGCUGAUACAUUUUGCUGCUUUUUCUGUUUUUCCUGCUUUAUUUCUCGACUUGUUACCGUCUCUGAGAGUCUACCCUGUUUCUGAGAAAUGCACUUGAAGCCGAAAAUAAUUCCAAAUUAGUUUGGGUCAGUUGUCGUUCAGACUUCCUCCCUGUAUACAGGAACGAAAACAUAGCUUUAACCAAAACUCCUAAUCCAAACCCCGCAGAUACCUCAGUUUUUAGCGUCAACAUUUGCAAAUUUCUGACAAACUGUCUUAUUUCAAAUCAGUAUGAAAAUAAAUUGGCUUUUAUUUGUUUUCGCACAGGAAUUGUCUUGUGGUGGGGGGAAAAAAGUGUAGUUACAGGUUUUAGUUUAAGCAAAACAUGUAGAGAAACAUUUACACAAGAUUUAAAUUACUAAUAAUUUGCAGACUGAGGUGGUGAGAAGCAGGAUAGACUUUUCUCAGAGGUAACGACACGCUGCCAAAUUCAUAUAGCUGUACAGACACAAACUGUAGCUUUAAGACAAUUUUCUUUGUGUUAUUUUUAACUUUGCACACUCACCAUACUGUUGGUAAGUAUGAAGAGAGAAACUGCUUUUAUGUAGCUGGAUCAAAAUGUGACGUGGACUCUUAUCUUUGUAGUUGAACGUCAGUAGUUUUCACUCUGGUGCUUGAACGAGUUUCUGCUUCAAAGAAUGUUUUUUAAAGCCAAAAAUUCUUCAUCAAAAUGCAACUUAAUUGUAAUAUUAGAAAAACAGUAUUCAUUUGUGUGUGUUUUCUGUCUCUCCUCUUGGCCUUUAUGCCCUCACUGAAUUUCCCUCUCUUGGCUUUCUUCAGAUGUUUAAAGCAUCCCAUCGUACCACAGAUUCCCAGAAAUGUCUUAGGGCUGAAAUCAUUGAAGUCCAGUUUUAUUAUGGCUUUUGUAGGUAAAAAUAAAAAACUGUUUGGUUGUCGGGUAAUGUUCUGAAAAAAAAAAAACUCAGAAUUUCUAAGAUUAAAGGUUUAA